GCCCCGAGCCCCGCGCGGGAGCGGAAGGCGGCGGGCAUGGCGUCGGGGCUGGGCUCCCCGUCCCCCUGCUCGGCGGCCAGCGACGACGACGACAUGGACGCGCUGCUCAACCACAGCCUGCCCGCGCCACACCCAGACAACGAAGACGAUCCUGAAGAAGACUUGUCAGAAGCAGAGACUCCAAAGCUGAAGAAGAAGAAGAAGCCGAAGAAACCUCGGGAUCCGAAAAUCCCGAAGAGCAAGCGCCAAAAAAAGGAGCGUUUGCUCUUGUGCCGGCAGCCGGGGGACAGCUCUGGGGAGGGCCCGGAGUUUGUGGAGGAGGAGGAGGAGGUGGCCCUGCGCUCGGACAGCGAGGGCAGCGACUACACGCCAGGCAAGAAGAAGAAGAAGAAGCUGGGGCCCAAGAAAGAGAAGAAGAGCAAGUCCAAGCGGAAGGAGGAGGAAGAGGAAGAAGACGAUGAUGAUGAUUCCAAGGAGCCCAAGUCCUCGGCUCAGCUCCUGGAGGACUGGGGCAUGGAGGACAUCGACCACGUGUUCUCGGAGGAGGACUACCGCACCCUCACCAACUACAAGGCCUUCAGCCAGUUUGUCCGACCCCUCAUCGCCGCCAAAAACCCCAAGAUCGCCGUCUCCAAGAUGAUGAUGGUCUUGGGGGCCAAGUGGCGGGAGUUCAGCACCAACAACCCCUUCAAGGGCAGCUCGGGGGCGUCCGUGGCGGCGGCCGCCGCGGCUGCGGUGGCCGUGGUGGAGAGCAUGGUGGCCGCCACCGAGGUGGCCCCGCCGCCGCCGCCCGUGGAGGUGCCGAUCCGCAAGGCCAAGACCAAGGAGGGCAAAGGUCCCAAUGCGCGGAGGAAGCCCAAGGGCAGCCCCCGCGUCCCCGAUGCCAAGAAGCCGAAGCCCAAGAAAGUGGCUCCCCUCAAGAUCAAGCUGGGAGGCUUUGGCUCCAAGCGGAAGAGGUCCUCGAGUGAGGACGAUGACCUGGACGUGGAGUCGGACUUCGACGACGCCAGCAUCAACAGCUACUCGGUGUCGGACGGCUCCACCAGCCGCAGCAGCCGCAGCCGCAAGAAGCUGCGCACCACCAAGAAGAAGAAGAAAGGCGAGGAGGAGGUGACUGCUAUGGAUGGUUAUGAGACAGACCACCAGGACUAUUGCGAGGUGUGCCAGCAAGGCGGCGAGAUCAUCCUGUGCGACACGUGCCCCCGAGCCUACCACAUGGUGUGCCUGGACCCCGACAUGGAGAAGGCCCCCGAGGGCAAGUGGAGCUGCCCCCACUGCGAGAAGGAGGGCAUCCAGUGGGAGGCCAAAGAUGACAACUCGGAGGGCGAGGAGAUCCUGGAGGAGGUCGGGGGGGACCCCGAGGAGGAGGACGACCACCACAUGGAGUUCUGCCGCGUGUGCAAGGACGGCGGCGAGCUGCUGUGCUGCGACACCUGCCCCUCGUCCUACCACAUCCACUGCCUCAACCCGCCGCUGCCCGAGAUCCCCAACGGGGAGUGGCUGUGCCCGCGCUGCACGUGUCCAGCUCUGAAGGGCAAAGUGCAGAAGAUCCUCAUCUGGAAGUGGGGUCAGCCGCCGUCCCCCACGCCCGUGCCGCGGCCCCCGGACGCCGACCCCAGCACGCCCGCCCCCAAGCCCUUGGAGGGGCGGCCGGAGCGACAGUUCUUCGUCAAGUGGCAGGGCAUGUCCUACUGGCACUGCUCCUGGGUGUCGGAGCUGCAGCUGGAGCUGCACUGCCAGGUGAUGUUCCGCAACUACCAGCGCAAGAACGACAUGGACGAGCCGCCUUCCGGAGACUUCGGCGGCGACGAAGAGAAGAGCCGCAAGCGGAAGAACAAGGACCCCAAGUUCGCGGAGAUGGAGGAGCGCUUCUACCGCUACGGGAUAAAGCCCGAGUGGAUGAUGAUCCACCGGAUUCUCAACCACAGCGUGGACAAGAAGGGCCACGUGCACUACUUGAUCAAGUGGCGCGACCUCCCCUACGACCAGGCGUCGUGGGAGAGCGAGGACGUGGAGAUCCAGGACUACGACCUGUUCAAGCAGAGCUAUUGGAACCACAGGGAGCUGAUGCGGGGCGAGGAAGGCCGGCCUGGCAAGAAGCUGAAGAAGGUGAAGUUGAGGAAGCUGGAGAGGCCGCCCGAGACGCCCACGGUCGAUCCCACGGUGAAGUACGAGCGGCAGCCCGAGUACCUGGACGCCACGGGCGGCACCCUGCACCCGUACCAGAUGGAGGGCCUGAACUGGCUGCGCUUCUCCUGGGCGCAGGGCACCGACACCAUCUUGGCUGAUGAGAUGGGGCUGGGGAAGACGGUACAGACUGCUGUGUUCCUCUACUCGCUCUACAAGGAGGGCCACUCCAAAGGCCCCUUCCUCGUGAGCGCCCCGCUCUCCACCAUCAUCAACUGGGAGCGGGAGUUCGAGAUGUGGGCCCCCGACAUGUACGUGGUCACCUAUGUGGGCGACAAGGACAGCCGCGCCAUCAUCCGCGAGAACGAGUUCUCCUUUGAGGACAACGCCAUUCGCGGAGGCAAGAAGGCCUCGCGCAUGAAGAAAGAGGCCUCCGUGAAGUUCCACGUGUUGCUCACGUCCUACGAGCUCAUCACGAUCGACAUGGCCAUCCUGGGCUCCAUAGACUGGGCGUGCCUCAUCGUGGACGAGGCCCAUCGGCUGAAGAACAAUCAGUCCAAGUUCUUCCGGGUUCUCAACGGCUACUCGCUGCAGCACAAGCUGCUGCUCACCGGGACGCCCCUGCAGAACAAUCUGGAAGAGCUGUUUCACCUGCUCAACUUCCUCACCCCCGAGAGGUUCCACAAUCUGGAGGGCUUCCUGGAGGAGUUCGCCGACAUUGCCAAAGAGGACCAGAUCAAGAAGCUGCACGACAUGCUGGGACCACACAUGUUGCGGCGGCUCAAGGCGGACGUGUUCAAGAACAUGCCCUCCAAGACCGAGCUGAUCGUGCGCGUGGAGCUGAGCCCCAUGCAGAAGAAGUACUACAAGUACAUCCUCACGCGCAAUUUUGAGGCCCUCAACGCUCGAGGUGGCGGCAACCAGGUGUCGCUGCUGAACGUAGUGAUGGAUCUCAAGAAGUGCUGCAACCACCCUUACCUCUUCCCCGUGGCGGCCAUGGAGGCCCCGAAGAUGCCCAACGGCAUGUAUGAUGGCAGCGCCCUCAUCCGGGCCUCGGGGAAACUGCUGCUGCUGCAGAAGAUGCUGAAGAACCUCAAGGAGGGCGGCCACCGCGUGCUCAUCUUCUCCCAGAUGACCAAGAUGCUGGACCUCCUGGAGGACUUCCUGGAGCACGAGGGCUACAAGUACGAGCGCAUCGAUGGCGGCAUCACGGGCAACAUGCGCCAGGAGGCCAUCGACCGCUUCAAUGCCCCGGGGGCUCAGCAGUUCUGCUUCUUGCUGUCCACGCGCGCUGGGGGCCUUGGGAUCAACCUCGCCACUGCUGACACCGUUAUAAUUUACGACUCUGACUGGAACCCCCAUAAUGACAUUCAGGCGUUCAGCCGCGCCCACCGCAUCGGGCAGAACAAGAAGGUGAUGAUCUACCGCUUUGUGACGCGGGCCUCGGUGGAGGAGCGCAUCACGCAGGUGGCGAAGAAGAAAAUGAUGCUCACGCACCUCGUCGUGCGGCCAGGCCUGGGCUCGAAGACCGGCUCGAUGUCCAAACAGGAGCUGGACGACAUCCUCAAGUUCGGCACGGAGGAGCUGUUCAAGGACGAAGCCACGGAUGGAGGAGGGGACAGCAAGGAGGGCGAGGACAGCAGCGUGAUCCAUUACGACGACAAGGCCAUCGAGCGGCUGCUCGACCGCAAUCAGGACGAGACGGAGGACACGGAGCUGCAGGGCAUGAACGAGUACCUCAGCUCGUUCAAGGUGGCCCAGUACGUGGUGCGGGAGGAGGAGAUGGGGGAGGAAGAGGAGGUGGAGCGGGAGAUCAUCAAGCAGGAGGAGAGCGUGGACCCCGACUACUGGGAGAAGCUGCUGCGGCACCACUACGAGCAGCAGCAGGAGGACCUGGCGCGCAACCUGGGCAAGGGCAAACGCAUUCGUAAGCAGGUCAACUACAAUGAUGGCUCCCAGGAGGACCGAGGUGUGUGUGGCCGGCGCCCCCCGCCCGCGGGCCGCUCCGCGCGCGCCGAGGACCCCGCGGACCCCGCUCACGCGCCCCCUCUCCCCCCAGAUUGGCAGGACGACCAGUCCGACAACCAGUCCGACUACUCGGUGGCCUCAGAGGAAGGUGAUGAGGACUUCGACGAGCGCUCCGAAGCCCCCCGCAGGCCCAGCCGCAAGGGCCUGCGCAAUGAUAAAGACAAGCCGUUGCCUCCUCUGCUGGCCCGCGUCGGGGGGAACAUCGAGGUUCUGGGUUUUAACGCGCGCCAGCGGAAAGCGUUCCUCAACGCCAUCAUGCGGUACGGGAUGCCGCCGCAGGACGCCUUCACCACGCAGUGGCUCGUCAGGGACCUGCGGGGCAAAUCGGAGAAGGAGUUCAAGGCCUAUGUCUCCCUUUUCAUGCGGCAUUUAUGUGAGCCAGGGGCUGAUGGGGCCGAGACCUUUGCUGAUGGGGUCCCCCGAGAAGGGCUUUCUCGCCAGCACGUGCUCACCAGGAUUGGUGUCAUGUCCUUGAUUCGCAAGAAGGUUCAGGAGUUUGAACAUGUGAACGGACGCUGGAGCAUGCCUGAACUGGCCGAAAUAGAGGAAAACAAGAAAAUGUCCCAGCCUGGAUCACCUUCUCCAAAGACCCCAACACCCUCCACUCCCGGGGACACCCAGCCCAAUACUCCUGCCCCUGCGCCCCCUGCUGAAGAUGGGAUCAAAAUAGAGGAAAACAGCCUCAAAGAAGAGGAGAGUGCCGAAGGAGAGAAGGAGGUGAAGGCCGCGGCAGCCCCUGAGCCAGCUACGGAGUGUGUCCCGCCGCCGACCCCAGCCUCAGAGGAAGAAAAGGCUCUGGCUGAGCCUCCUGUCGGCGAGGAGAAAGUGGAAAAGGCAGAAGUGAAGGAGAGGACAGAGGAGUCCAUGGACACAGAGGCCAAAGGUGCGGCUGACGUGGAGAAGGUGGAGGAGAAGCCGCCCAUAGAUCUCACCCCGGUUGUGGUGGAGGAUAAAGACGAGAAGAAGGAGGAGGAGGAGAAGAAGGAGGUGAUGCUGCAGAACGGGGAGACCCCCAAGGACCUGAGCGACGAGAAGCAGAAGAAAAACAUUAAGCAGCGCUUCAUGUUCAACAUCGCAGAUGGCGGCUUCACGGAGCUGCACUCGCUGUGGCAGAACGAGGAGCGGGCGGCCACCGUCACCAAGAAGACCUACGAGAUCUGGCACCGGCGCCACGACUACUGGCUGCUGGCCGGCAUCAUCAACCACGGCUACGCGCGGUGGCAGGACAUCCAGAACGACCCGCGCUACGCCAUCCUCAACGAGCCCUUCAAGGGCGAGAUGAACCGCGGCAACUUCCUCGAGAUCAAGAACAAGUUCCUGGCGCGGAGGUUCAAGCUCCUGGAGCAGGCCCUGGUGAUCGAGGAGCAGCUGCGCAGGGCGGCCUAUCUGAACAUGUCCGAGGACCCCUCGCACCCGUCCAUGGCCCUCAACACCCGCUUCGCCGAGGUGGAGUGCCUGGCCGAGAGCCACCAGCACCUGUCUAAGGAGUCCAUGGCGGGAAACAAGCCUGCCAACGCAGUCCUGCACAAAGUUCUGAAGCAGCUGGAAGAGCUCCUGAGCGACAUGAAGGCCGACGUGACGCGGCUCCCCGCCACCAUCGCGCGCAUCCCCCCGGUGGCCGUGAGGUUACAGAUGUCGGAGCGGAACAUCCUGAGUCGCCUGGCAAACCGGGCCCCAGAGCCUCCCCCGCAGCAGGUGGCUCAGCAGCAGUGAAGAGCGGAUGUGACCAUCAGUCAUCUCCUCGUGUCCCCGCUUCUCCCCUGGGGGCUUCCUCCUGCCCCCGACCCGGUCCCAAAGGAACAGCAGCGCCUGGCACCGCGGGGAGGGGCGGAGCCGCCGGGCGGCCCUUCCUGCUGCAGAGACUGGCAGCGCUCGGUGGCCUAUCAGCAGGGAGCUGGCAGCAGUGGGCGGGCCUUGUGGGCCCUGGGCUCCGCCCCUCCACCACUGUUACACACAGACUCUGUGGGUUCCUGCCAGGCUUGAAGACAAACCAUCUGAAUCUCCUCUGUUUUUUAUUUUGGUUUUAUUUUGUGCUUUCUCUCUCUUUUUUUUUUUGGAUAUUCAGAGUGGGCGGAACCCUGGGAGACACAGCUACCUCUCUGUUGGCAUCAUUUUUUUUCAUACUAGGAACCCAGCAGUUCCAGCCACUUGACUGAGAGACAAAACGGAA